AAAAACAAUGCGUGACUUUUAAUUGAGAUUUGAAAACAAUAAUAAUCUAACCAUUGAUUUGAUGGCUUAAUCCCAGACACAGACAAACAAACAAACAAACAAAAGAUGUGUUUGAAUAACAACUACAAGACAAGCGAUGACAACAACAACAACAACAACAACAACACAUCCGUGAUUAAGACAGUUUGCCGGCUAUUGACUGAUAGGAUCGGCAAUAGAUUUGCGGUGUUUGCCGCCUCCGCCGCCACCGCUGAUGAUGACAAUAUCAUCAGAGAUAAUAUCAUUGCCGACACUGAUAUUCCCACCACUGAUGACAACAACAACAAGAAGUUUAUCAACGAGUUUGACAACAAUAGCAAAGCGUAUACGGAUUUUAUCGGUUCGCUAACCAUUUGGCAGAGUAUUAAGUAUUUAUAUCAACGAAAAGUGGACACCAGUGCCGAUGAUUAUCGGCGACAGUUUGUCAAAGAUAACGAAACCGGUUACGAUAGGAUACGACUGAUGUGGUCGGAACAUUUGGACGGCGAAGACAAUCCCGAAAUAUCAUUUAUAAUGCAAUCGGUAGCCUACGGCGCAAUGGGCGGCUUUCUCUACGGCGGUCUUGUCAACAACAAGGCUGCCAUCUUUGACUUUGUCCGCCGACACAACGACUAUGUCUUUCGCGGCCAUUUCGAAGGCCAACGUCGUAUACGGGACGCGAUGUUCAUAAAUCUUGGCCGACACGGCUGGCGGUGGUGUUGGCGAAUGGCCCUGUUUUCUGGUGUACUAUCGACACUGACCACAACGGCCAUUACCUACCGAAACGAUAUCUACUAUCGCGACUGUUGCGCUUCGGGUGCCCUAUUGUGCGCGGCCUGGAAAAUGAAAUUAGGUUUGAGGGCAAUGGCCGUAUCCGGUGUACUCGGAUCGAUCAUUGGUGCCCUUUUUGCUUCGGGCGCCAAACUGGCCAUCUGGUCGUUCAAUACAUCGGUUCCCGAGUACCGACACUGGCGUCACGUUCGCUAUCAGAAUCAUUUGGCUGUCCAUAACUAUAGCGACGGUAACAGUGAAUACAAGUGGCGUACAGACAAUCAAAAAGAUUCGGUUCUUCUCUAUCAACCACAACAACAACAACCAUCACAACCACCGCAACAACAAACAGGUCAACAGUCAAACACUUGAGUGAUAAUUAGCUAAAAAUUUUGUUUCACUAUAUAGACAGAGUUAACGAAAAAAAAAUGUUAGUUUUUUUCCUGCCGUUAAGUAGGAGACAAAUUUUUUUUUAGUUUUUGAUAAAUUGUUAGGAAAUAAAAUGAUAGAUUGAAAAAAACUAAUAUAAAAUUUUUGUGUAAAUUUGUUUAAGUUUAUUGUGAAUACCACUUAACUACUAUUACUUCUACUACUACUACUACUAUCAGUACAGGUAUAAGUGUACGGUAGUUAUGUCGGGGGAUUUGAAUUAAUAGGCAU